GUUCGCUCUUGCCCGUUUUGCCUUAGUUGCCAGUAUGGCGGGUGCGUUGGGACUGAAGGUUCCUUCCUCAAUAUGUAUUGCAGGAUCUGGACUGUCACGGCGGUAGUGGUGACUCUGGCUAGCUGUUCCGCUUGUUUUCCACUCUCCUGUUUGCUCGCUCCAUUGCUCGAUUAUAGGUCCGGCUUACAUAGGAACGUUUAAAUAUCGAACUGUGACUGCAUCACGAUAUCUCCCUCACAUAGGACUAGCACACGCAGCUUUACACUCAAUUAGACCGUCCCUGAAUCUGCCUCAACUGCCCUGGCUUGCACCUCCAUUGCCUCUCGAGCUACUUACGAGAUCCUCAGCCACCCCAAUGUUGCGGCAGCGCAGCCUUAAGUCCAAGCUGGAUGUCAAGCAUCGCAAAUCCACUUCUUCAGAGCAUGCUGUACACCUCGAACACCUCGACCCGACAAUAGCGCAACGAGAUGCCAAUAUCGCCGCCUGCAAGGCAUAUAAACAGGCUGAAAGUCGGGCGAGGGAAGACAUACCGUUGUUUCCUUUGACCCCCGAGUCAUCCCCCCGACGCCACCCAACGGAGCGCAGCGGCCAGGGCCAAGAUGAUAUCAACGCCCCCUUUUCUGUACAUGGCAAUGGCCGAGGUGUCUGCCGACAGCAGAGCGUUCGCUUUAUGGGACCGUGUUCUGUGCAGCCGAGAGAACGCAAAUGUCAACGACAAUACGCCAGUCGCAACUCGACUGAUGGAGGUCCAGACAAAGUUACAAAUGAGCUUAAGAACAGCGAUAUGAAUAGCUCACAAAACCAGGUUCUAGGAUUGCUAAAGACAGAUGAUAGCGAUCAAUUACCCUCACCUCCUCAGAGACCGCCACCCCCAGUGCCGUUGCCCGAGUACGCCGCCAGCUAUCUCGAUGGACUGGCCGCAGAAGAGUAUUACACUCCCGAGGACGAUGUUGCCUCCGCUCCGUCCUCGUACCGCCGCCUCCCAAAACCCAAGCCAACAUCCACAGCCGAUCCGCGCAGCACCAGAAGAAGCUUGCAAACUCAGACGUUCCUGGCCGAAACAUCUCCAGGCAUCAGGUCGACAAUGGCGUCAAGUGCACGAAGGCUGUCCCGCUCAGAUCCCAGUAGCAGCAAUGUGCCACACGCUGUUCCACCACUAAGGACACCAAAGUCGAUGAGUUUCUUGGGCAGCCGUAGCUUCCAUGCCAGAUUCAGUACAAACCAGGAUAGCAAUGCAAACGGUCAGAAUCUGUCAGAUUCACGCGAGGAGGUGCCAACUCCAGAGGGCCAUCCCACAUCACAGCAGAAGCCCAAGGGGCCAGACUUGCUUCAGUCGCUCAGUCGCCGGACAGAGCAGCGGAUGCGAAAGUCUCUUCGCGGCAGCGGUUCAACUGAAGAGGUGUUGGCAUCCAGUCCCAAUCACAAGACGCUACUCUUGGGGUCAAGGGGCUUCAAAUCAAAAGCCAGGAACAUGUCAAAAUCCUUCAAAACUAAGCUAAAGACUUUUUUUUCCACUGUAGGGCCGGGAGGAGAGACGCCUUCGAUUCCUUGCCAGCAUAUUGACGCGCAAAGGACCCAUGUCAACGAAGCAUUCGGUACUUCUCGAGCCGCUGAUACCGAAUGUGAAGGCUCGGCCAUUCAAGCUGGAGAGACCAUUCACACUGUUCCUGCAAGAAUGCCGUCUCUUCACGAAUCACCGCAGGGGCUGGUUCAUUCACGCAAAGCCAGUCUGGAGAGCCUGAAAACUGAGCGAGAGCGCCAAGCGUCGGAUGACAAGUCGUUGACGAGCUGGGCACACUCAGGGCCUAGCACACUGACAAGCCAGCAGCAGGAGGAAUGGAGGGAAUGGGAAGGGCAGCGUCUUUCCGUCAUCAAUGAGAAUGGUCCACAGGCUGCAUCACCUUCAACCCGAAGGCCAGGUCUCCACGAGCAACUAUUUCACCGUCCAGAGAAUAACACCGGGAAGCCGCACGGUCCCGGCAAGAUAGUUGACAGUCAGCGUGUCUAUUCUGCACUGAUGAAGCGGAUGCGGGAUAUUCACAAACAGGCUGCAAGUAUCGCGGAACAGAGGUCUCGAUCCUCUGACACUGAGAAGCCAGCAGUGUCGGAGGAGCCGGGCGGCCGUUCUCCAAGUCAGACACCGGACACGGUCAGACAUGCCAUUUCCAGGAUGGAUCAUCUGAGCGUUGAUAAUCAAGUGACACCCACCCGCCGUUCGAAAAAGACUAAUUGUAGCCGAGCAGAAACGGUCGAAACAGGUGCGAGGUUAGCAUCUGGUUCAACCGCCGCAAAUCCAUGCAGAAGCGUUCUGGGGCCGCCGACUGGGGACAGCGCUGGAACACUCACUCCGCCGCGUCGGAUGGCUUCUGAGUUGGAGCGUGGCCCCUCAGAGAUGGGCUCGAGAUUCACCGACAGUCCCGCCUCGUACCUUUUCCGGACAGCAAGCCCUUACCGUCGCGCUCUUAGCAGGUCAAUGCACGAAGAGCAAGACGCUUGGGCGCGGCAGAGCUCCGUUUCUGAAUCCCAGGGCUCGGACACGGGCACACAAGUCCAUCACACCUCAGGCUGGCAAGAGCUGCUGUCAGAUGGCAACUCUAACUUUGAAAGAGAUGUGGCAUACUCGGAGAGCGUCUAUUCGGCAGAUGAAGGCCCUGGGGCGGAGAUGGAGGCGGGAUACACCAUGCCGACCAUGCCCAGAAACUUCAGCAAUGACCUGACACCCUCAAGGGUCCGCCCGCUCCGGGGCCACGUCCGCGAACCGGCGCAGAUUCAUGGAUACCCCACAACCCACGGCCAUUUCGAGUUUGACUUCAACGAGGAUCCGUUUGAGCCCUCUACAGAGAAACCAACCCUCCCGACCACCAACAAAUUUGUGCUGCCGUUGGCGCAAGUGCAGAAUAAUGUGGUCAGGCAGACGACCUCUCCGUUGAAGAAGCCGUAUUGUGAGGGUGGAUUGGGCGAUAUCGGCGGUGGUAGCGUGCUGGUGGAAAACCAGAACCCGCCGCCAGUGCCGGAUAAGAGUGUGCUGAGGCCUUCCUCUUAUACAGGACUUGGUGGGGGUGGGUAUGGAGGCGAAUGUAUUGCUGGAAAUAGAGGCAAGCAGGCGUCGAGAUGCUCUUCGCCGUCGGGUGCUUCUUCUGCCAAGACGGCUAGCCCUGGGCUGACGGCUGCGCUGCGGAGACAGUUUGGAUCCGGCCCUGGGUCUUCUUGGAGGUGGCGAAGAAGAAUGAGAGUGAAGAGCAAUGCGGAUAAGGACGGGAAUGUGACGGCUGGUUGGGGUGAAGGGGAGGUGGUACUCGAGGAAGAGGAGGAUAAGAAUAAUUACUGCCGGGUCAUUCAAGUCAAGGCGUGGGGUGAUGACGAGAGCGCGAGGGCGUUUGUUUAAUGACGGGAACGGGAGGUGUUGGUGCCAGGGGGGGCGACUCUUUUUGCCUUUAUAUUUGGCAUCAUCUGUUUUCGGGAGUAGAGGUAGGUAAGUUGUUGUUUUGAGCAUGGGUAAGGAAUUGGGCGCACUGGGGCCCGAUGGU